GAUGACGGAGCGCGGACGGUUGGAUUCAGGUUCAGGGGGAGCGCAGAGAGGCGAUCAACGUACGCAGAUGGCGGACGGUUGGAUUCGGGUCCUGGUCGAAGCCAUACACUCAAGUCCCACGCAGGCUGUUCUCUAUCUCACCGGCGGAGCUUCUCAGUCUCUUGGCUGGUUGAUGUCCAUCCCCGGAGCUUCGAAUACGGUCCUAGAAGCUGUCGUCCCUUAUUCCAGAAUGUCCAUGACCCAAUUGCUUGGCAAGAUUCCAACACAUUUCACUGGUCAGCAAACUGUUGAAGAAUUGGCGUUGUUGGCUUACAACCGUGCAUUGAAGCUCUCUAGUCCAGGUUUCCCAGUUGUUGGGGUGGGGUUCACUGGUUCUUUGGCUAGCACACGUCCAAAACUUGGGGAUCACAGAUUUUAUGUCUCAACAAGGACAUCUGGUCGACUUUGGGUCUCUAAUGUUACCUUGUCAAAGGGUUUGAGAACUCGUGAACACGAAGACAAGGUUUCAAGUCAUUAUUUGCUCAAGGCAAUUGCUGAUGCAUGCAGAGUCUCGGCAACUUUUACUUCAGAACUGAAUGAAUCAGAAGUUCCCGAUGAAUGUGAAACUCUCUUUGAUGAGGAUCAAGAAUUGCACCAACUUAUAAAUGGAGAAAUAUGCAUGAAAGUUUAUCCAUUUUCAAAUGAUACAAAUAACUCCAAUUCAGAGAGAAAAAUAAUAUUAUCUGGUUCAUUUAAUCCUUUGCAUGAUGGACAUCUCAAACUCUUGGAUGUUGCUACCAGCUUCUGUGGUGAUGGCUAUCCAUGUUUUGAGAUUUCAGCAAUCAAUGCAGACAAACCUCCUUUGACGGUGUCUCAAAUCAAAGAUCGCGUUAAGCAAUUUGAAAAAGUUGGUAAGACUGUAAUUAUUUCCAAUCAGCCAUACUUCUACAAGAAAGCAGAACUCUUCCCUGGCAGUGCAUUUGUAAUUGGUGCUGACACUGCUGCAAGGCUUAUUAAUCCAAAAUACUAUGGUGGAGAUUAUAGUAAGAUGCUGGAGAUACUGAUCGGAUGCAAAAGAACAGGAUGCACUUUUCUUGUAGGUGGUCGAAAUGUUGAUGGUGUUUUCAAGGUUCUUGAAGAUUUUGACAUUCCCAGGGAGUUACAGGACAUGUUUAUCUCAAUACCAGAGGAAAAGUUUCGCAUGGAUAUCUCCUCGACAGAAAUAAGAAAAAGACAAGGAAUGUAAAUCUCAUAUUAAAAAUGAGAAAUUGAUGUAUUUAGGGACCAUCCAUACUCUUAAUUGUUGAUGUCCAAGUGAUACUAUGAAAAAGGAGAAUAAGAGGGAGGCUAAUUCAAAGUAUAAAGAGAACAAAUGGAUGUAAAUGUUAAAACUCUUUUCUUCCCUUUUGCCCUUUAACAGUCUAUUACCAUUUUUAUACUUAUUAAAAUAAUGUAACAGAACCACAUGAUUUUGGUCAUUUAUAAGCUUUUUGACUCA